AGAGAUGUCUAAGAAGCAGAAGAGCUUCAAGGCUCUGGUGGACAGCCUGUCGGUGCCGUUCAUCAUGUCCUCUCUUCAGAGUGUGCUCGACUUCCUCGAGGACCCGGAUAGGCCGUCAAUGCAACUAGACAACGUGACCUCAGAAGAAGCGAGAUUCCUCAAGUACACAACGGUAUUCCCUCUCAAACCGGCCCUGAGGUCCACUCUGCCGGGAGCUGCGGCCGCGCUGGCGAGGCAGAUGCAGAGAGCCUUUGACAGCUGGAGAGUUGACGUGGUGGAGGGUAGCCAGCGAAGCCAUAACCUCAAGACUGUCACGAUAAAGAAACGCCCGAAGAAACAGUCAGAUGAAACCCCGAAGGUUGAACGAAAAAAGAAGGAGCGCCACAGACGGCGUCGCAACCGGGAGUCGAAGGCGGGAAGCAGCCCGAGGGACUUAUUCCUGAAAGCACUCUCUAUAUCCGACGGAGAGGACUCACCGUAAGUACAC